AUGCCUGACCAACUCGGUGAUGUUGUUGCCGUCGUGUCCCCUACAACUCUUGCUCCGAGUCUUAAAAACUUAGACAAACUACCAAUUGUGCCUGUACGCGAGGGACGAUCACAGUCUUUAACGACGUUGCCACGUCGUGCCUCGACUGCCAGUGUACUCACGGUAGAUAACCACGACAUUCUGUCUGAGUCGGAAGGUGGUGUUCGACAUCCACGACGUGUACUCAGUUCUGGUACUGGCUGUUCGCUUAGUCUAUUGCAACAAGAACUUGGCUAUCCACGUAGUGCACGCGUGACGGUUGACAGCCAUCGACAUCGACGGAAAUCGUUGCUCGAGACAACGUUAGAAAACUCGACUAACAGUGCGUGUCGUUCUGCUCGAAAUGUGCACAGCAGUAGUAGUUGCAGUGUAGGAACUAUGGACAGUGCCAGCGACUUUGAACGGUCACAAUCCUUGCCUGAACCGGAAGGUGAGAGUCACAUGGACCAACUACAGCUACAUGAUCAUAGCUGGACAUUUAAUUCAGUCUCGUGCUCUCCACGAAGUGAAGCUGCGGGUGUUUCUACAGAAGACAGAGACGAAGAAGAUGACGAGAAUUUUAUGGACUACCGUAGUGCUUCUGUCACUGGCUAUAGCCGUGACACUGACGGUGUUGUGUAUUACGAAGUUAUCGUGCGUUCUACUGCUCACGGUCCACUUUCUGCUUACAAGGUGCGACGUCGGUACUCCGAAUUCCGAGACUUGCACGCAGCUUUGAGUAAGGUCAUGCCCGUCUCUCACCGAAAACUUGCGUCUGUUACAGCUAUGGCGAGUAUACGAGACGAUCAUAGUGAAGAUGAAGACUCUUUGGUGGGUCUACGCUUUUCUAUUACUGAAUGCAGUCAACAGAGGGAAUUGUCACUCCCUCCACUCCCUGACAAAGGUGGCAUGUGGAGUUUUCUCCAGUUUGAUAGCGUACCACUGCUCGAACGUCGAGCCGAGUACUUUCAUGCAAUGCUUGUAGCUGCUCAACGACACCCUGCUGCACGUGCUAGUCGUCUAUUAAAUGAUUUUGUUGGUACACCCCCUGACCUCGUGUCAAUGUACUCGAGUGUAGAAAACAGUUACGUGAGUCUCAAUCGUUUUGCGGCCCCAAAAUUGAGUUUCGAUAUUGAGAUUCAAGAAAGAAAAGAAAAGGCCAAGAGUAUCCGAAGACGUCGUAGCUCCCUCAAACGCCAAAGCUUUACCGGAUCGCUCGAAAACGCAUCUUCCAACACCUCGCAGUAA